GAGUGCCUAUGAUGUGAAUAAACUGCGUACCCGUUCAGUGUGAGGUAACAUUACUCACCCUGAGGAGGAUUUGGUUUUAUUUGCUUUAUUUGUGAAGUUGCAUAAUGCGAUACAAGGAAUGUGCUGCAACCAAUGCCAAACAACGGUGUUGCGCUGGGAAUAUUCGCUUCAGGGGAAUCGGCAGGCACGUAACAUUGAACCCAAGAAGCAAUAAAUCACUUUAAGAGAUUUAUUUUUCAGAUUGAGAGUGCGACUAACAGAAGAUUAUGGCUCCUCUCCAUCUGCAAUUGUUCAAGAGGACAGGACUUACACAGGAGAGUCAUCCUUCGCUGGCACUCUAUGGUUUACUGGUGUCUGGAGGUGCCCUGCUUUUCCUGGUGCUGCUCUCAUUCCUCUGUAACUACUGCCCAAGAAACAAUAAGGAAAAAAAAAUUAAGACUGAAGGAGUGAAGCUGGUUGGUAUGUCUGCAGGCUACACCCCCCAGCUUCGACCUGUUAGCACACCAGAAACAGGAGCACGUGAUCCCAACAGGAUACACUGCAAUGGUGAAAGAGAUUUGAGAAGCUGGCAAGUUGACUAUCUUCGACUGUCAGGAACAGAACUUUCGCAGGAGGGAGAGGAGCAGGACUCAGGAAACUCAUGGCUUCACCAGAGCAGAGAAUUGCCUCACGUUCCUGGAGGAAAGUUGGUACAAGACAUGGACCAUGUUUAUUCCCAGGUUAAAGACUUCCCUUGUCAGCAGAACACUAUUGAAGAUUCAUUGUAUGAGAGUGUUGGAACAAAUUAUGGACAGAAUCCUGGUGAUCGGCAAUCUGAACCUAGAUGUGGGGCUAAUGGAAUAGAAAUUACUAUAUCAACUCAAAACCAACAAGGUUUAAUGGAACCAGCUGUUUACAUGGACGUACCAGAGUAUGCCUCAAUUCGAAGGGCAAAGAAAAAGGAAAAGAAUCCAAAUCUGGAAGAAAAACAAUUAAGGAGAAAUGUAAACAAUGGUUGUGUGUUUUUACCUGGAACCAGAAACUACAGAGAAGAAUUAAGUAUUAAUGAAAAUUAUGAAGCUUUUACAGAAACAGAGAAUUUCAGCUCUAGAAUACAAGGUAGGCUGAGUCCUUUCACAGAUCGUGAUGCAGGAGAAUCACUGGAAGAAUUUAGAGAGGGGAGAAGUGCAUGUGGAAGCCUAAUUGAAGAGCAGCUUUAUACAAACAACGUCUUUGUCCAGAGGCAAAGCCGCUACUUCAGUAAGUCCCAUGAAAAGCUCCACUCAAUGACAGAUGAAGAGAUUGCUGGAAUGUACUCUAAGGUGGCAAAAAAAGGUUUCAGAAAGAAAAUGCCUUUACCAGUAAAUAUGGGACUUCAAAGAGAAGACAAUGCAAAAUUCUACUCCUGGUCGACAGGGAAUAUAAAUGAAGAAGAAUCUGAUUAUGAAUCAAUCAAGAGUCCACGCUGGCACACAGGCAGUCAACUCCUGGGAGAGAAACCUGCUUAUGUUCCAGUUAAUGAAAGGACCUGGCAAAUAAAGUUCCAGCAUGAAGAUGAAAAUGAAGAAGAAGCAGAGCCAGGUUACGAAGCAAUCAAUAUAAAAUGGAAGAGAAAUAAAGCACUAAACGUAGCUCAUGAGAGGCAAACAGAAAAUUAUUAUGAGAGUAUCAAUGAACUACAACAGAGUCGUACUUCAACACACGGUAUGACAUCUGAUGAUGGCAAAGACGUCUUUAUAACAGGAUUCUAGGGUUUUUGUGAGGAUAGUGCAGUUGUUAUAUCUGAACCAAAUAAUACUUUAUUGACAAAUUAAGAUCUUUUUCAAAAGAAGUCGCAUAAAAUAGUACAACAUAAUUUGAUCAUUUUAGAUAUGUUGAGACUUUCACCUUAUGAGAUAUCCUUUAAUUUUUAAAUUCAGUUGCUGGGAUAUACAAUGGACUUUGAGAUUACUGCUGUCAUACUUGAGCACUUAAAGGAAUAAACAGGGUAAUGUCAAAUAAAACUUAAGCCUACUUUGACGUCAUGGUAAGAGCUAAAAACAGGAUGUUUAUUAAGCAUUCCCUGCAAGUAUCAGCAGUUAUCAUUUCUGGACCAGCAUCUUUAUUGUUAAUAGCCUUCAAAGGUGUAAUUCAUCUUCAUUAUAAACUAGUCAUGGUCAGUAAUUUAGUCAUCGACUUGUUGAUUCAAUUUCUGAAUUGUUUCUACAUUGAAAUUUUGCUGAAAGUUAUGCUAGUUUUUGUGUCCAUCUUGCCAACAGAAACUUGUGGCAAAAUUUCCUGUUGAAUUCAAAUACCUACACCAGAACAUGAAAACCACCAUAAAAUGACCACAGGUGCAACAUCAUCUUUAGCAGAUUAAGUACCUCCUCCCAUAGAAUUUUAGUUUUAGCAUGGUGUUUGUCUCCCUGAGCUUUUAUUCAAAUCAGAUAGGAAAGCACUCAUGAAGUCCAACAUUUUAAUUAAACUUAAGACACUGUGGCUACACAUAAAUGUUUCAACAUGAGUUUAUGCCACACAUUUGAUCCAAGAUACAGCAGGAGAAGGUCUUAGUAUCUGGUGGACACUUCUUGGAAAUCGUAAAGUAUCAAGAAAAGUUAUAACAUCUUUUAAGCAAAAAUCAUAUGGAAAUUUAUUACAGGAUUUUCUCAAGAAUUAAAAUACAUUGGUAUGUUAUUUAAGGUGAAGCAUUUCAUGUAAUUACUGGUUGGUCAAUACCAUUUUUCUACACCAGGACAGUUUUAGUGGUUAAUUAAUAUAAGUUUUUUUCUCUCUGAAAAUAAUUUAAACUUCAUUUGAAAACAAUGUAAAAAUAUUGAGUCUGGUAGAUUGUUUAUAGAUGUUUCUCCAUAUUGUGCUCCCAGUGAGAAGGCAUGCACACAGGUUGUGUGUUCAAAGGUAGGGUGACAACAUUUUGUAUUAGUUAUUGUACAUUGCAUUUAAGUAAAUACUCUAGUGUGGCAGUUUGCAUCGGUUUAAUCAGGACCAUUAGGAGAGUGUUAUUCAGAAUUAUCACUGAUUUAGAUGAAGUGAAAUUAGUUGCUUUGUAGUACAGUGCAAAGGCAAAUGGAUGAUUCUCUUUAAAUAUUCAUUAACUAGUGGUUCUGUAGAGAUAGUGUGUGCAUCUGUGUGAGUGAACGUGUGAGCAAUUUCUAGACUUCUUUAUCUGCACAUUGCAAUGCAGUUUUACAUAAUGCAUUGGAAAUUUGACCUCUCAAUGCAUCAGUGGUCUCAUUGCCCACUCCAGGGUAUUCCCCAAAAUGCUGAGCUGAGGACCCCAAUGCACUUUACAUCAGCUGUAGAUGGCACAUCCAGCACAGCUCCAUUCAUUUGACUGGGGUCUCCAACCUUCAUCACGGUUUCUUUUAUUUUAAAUAGUGUUAGUUUUUAAUUUACAUUAGUGCAGUUUUAAGUGAAUGUACCACUUUUAAUAAUUAUUUAAAUGUCUUUCACUUGUUUAUAAAUGCUUCUGAUUGUGGAAAUAUUUAAAUACCUGGCAAUUUGAGCAGUCAGGAGGCCAAAAGGACAUUCAAGCAACAAGGCCUUGCCUUCCCUCUCCUUUGGUUUAGACCUCAAAGGCUACUCAACUUUAUGGAGCAGCUGUGGCAGCAGUGCCAAGGUGAUAUUACGAGUUGUGCAGCUGCAAAAGAGAAUGGUUCAAGUGUUGAGAGAGUGAAAAUUAGGCCUGGACUAGGUUCAGUGAAAGGUGGCACACAAAAUUUUACUUUCAACUCAACAAUUUGAAAAUUACUUGUUCUGUAUAAAAGUGCUUUGGAAAUAGUUUAUUUGGCAUUGCCUUUCUAUAACGGUAAUGAAUUUCCCCAUGAUUAUCAAUGAAAGGACAUCUUCUGCAGUUUCUACUUCACUGAUUGUAUCACAUUUUAACUUUUGUAAUGUUGUUUGUACAGAGUAGUAGGGAUAAAUAAAGGUAAUGAUGAACAAAAUAAAUAUACAGGACCAACAUUUAGGCUUCCUAGUUUGAAAACAGUAUGUAAACGCACAAGGUAUUAACUGAAAAUUUGCUGAAAAUUAAACUGGCAUGUUUUAUUAGCUUAAAUGGUCCAACGAAGUAAUUUAUUUACAUUUUAUAUUAUAAAAGUGAUAUCUUGAAUUGCUUUAGUCUACUAAAAUAAUAAAUCUAACAUAUCACAUCACAAUUUAUUAUAGCUCAAAAUUGUCAUAUAUUAGGGUGCCAUGGUAGCAUAACAGUUAGCACUAUGCUGUUGCAGGUCAGGGCAUUCCGAAGUUCAAAGUUCAGUUCCGACACCAUCUGCAAGGAGUCUGCACAUCCCCAUUGAAUGACUGGGUACUCCCCAAGUGCUCCAGUUUCUUCCCACAGUCCAAAGGCGUACUGAGUAGGUUAAUUGGUCAAUGUAAAUUGUUCUGUGAUUAGGUUAAUUGGGUUUGUUAGGGGUUAUGUAGGCAGUGCAGCUCGAAGUGCUGGAAGGGCCUUCUCUGCGGUCUAUUGCUAAAUAAAUGAAUAGUGAAAAUAUGACAGUCCUGCAACAUCUGGACUUCGGUGGUCUCAACUGGCAGGUUUGUCACACUAUUAAAUACUAGUCUUUUUAAUACACGAUUACAUUUUAAAUACUCUUUUUUUAUGUUAAAUUUUUCCCAUGAGCCAAUUGGUUUUACAGGAAACAAAAUGUGGUAAGCUAAUGGAAAUGUAGGAACAGAGGCACAGUGAGCUUAAAAAGAAUGCAGGCAACAGCGUGCUGACAAGUUUAAAAGGAACUUGAGAAAUAGAAGCAGGUGAGCCUUGUGCUGAAUAAUAGGAAGGUAGAUUACCGGCCUUUUACUGUACUUAAAAUUGUAGCUUAAAGAGUGAGAAGAAAGAACUUAAAUAUUUGUUGAAUUAUUUUAGAACAACUAAUUUUUUCAGACUCUUUUUCUGAAUAAGAAGACCAAAGUAAUAACUGGAUCUAAGUUAUGUGACUUGCUGCCUUUGAAAUGAGUAAAAGCACCAUUGUGCAAAAUAUCUGAUUUCACAUCGAUUUUGUAUAAUAUUCCUUAAGUGCCAUUUUAAAUUAUUUAUUAUUUAGCUCAGUUAAAAGUCUCAAACCAGGAAUGUUAUCUUUACCUCAGUUUGGGCUGUAGGUGACUUGUUCUGUUUGGAAGUGUAACGGCAAGGUUUUAAAACCCUUUCUUUAAUUUGGAUGUAGUUUUCUACAAAAAAAAUUGGUCAUGUUUAAUCAACUGAAAUAUUUUUUCCGUGGAGAAUUCAUAUAAAUGUGUAAAGUAAUAGUCCAAUUUCCAGGCCACAAAUUUUAAGACUGAAAACAUGGUCUGCAAAAAUGCCUAAUAAAGUUUUUUAUAUAUCAUAUUAACUGUUAUUGCAAUUUUAAAUGCUAUUUUUAUGAUUCUGUUGGAGGUAUAUUCUUCACAAAAUUAUGUUCAAUUGUUUACAUAGUAGAAUUCAGUAUAAGGAAUUUGUAUCAAAGUAGAAUUUUCAAAAUCUUUAAAAUUACAUACUGCUAAUCAAACUUCAAAAUGAGAAAAUAAAAUAAAUCAUAACUGAAUCAAACAUAGAGAAAGCUGACCAAAAAUCUAGGCUAUGCAUCUGCGUAGAUAGUUUGCAUAUUUCAUGUAGAAGAAAUGUUGCAGUGAUACACUGGAGUGAAGAACAUAAGUAGCAAAGCAGCAGGUGUUUGUUGCUUUAAAAAAUAAAAACAUUUUCAAUAAUUUUUUUACCUUUAUAUCGACAGUUAGCUUUGCCUCUUAAAUAUAUCAAUGCCUACCUUUAUAAUUCUGUACAACAAUUGUAGUUGGAGAUUUUGUUUAUUUGUGUUCAAUAAUAUGGCUUCAGAAUCCAAGUGAAAUAAAAGUCUACCUCAUUUUGGCAAUUUCUGCCAUGCAUAACAACCCAUGCAGCCAUAGAAGGGAUAUAUUGUGUUUUAUGCACAUUGGUACAGUGGUGCUAGAAAAU